ACCAAAGUAUUUCCAAGAAUCAAUGUUGACCAGUAUUGGGAAUGGAUUUGGUAGGUAUUUGAAGAGAGACAAUGCUACGGCGUGUGUGACUCAUCUGGAGGCAGCGCGUAUAUGUCUCGAGAUAGAUGUUUCAAAGCCACUUCGGAAGUCAUUCUGGUUGGGGCCUCCUGGAUUAGCGUCUAGUCAUUAUCAAGAGACACCAAGUAAACUUGUUGCAAACUACACUCACACCAAGCGACAAGUAAUGUGCGGCAGAGGUUACAAUUACAGGACUGUUUGUCAAUUGCAUUGGUCUUACUGCCCCUGUUCUGCGCACCCUAGCAAACAUCGCUGCGAAGCCUUCCUCGGUGCCCUCUCAAGUGAGGUCUUGUACUCACCGAGCACCACAAAGGAUCCGGGUUCAAUGGUGGCUACGGAUCCUAAGUGGGCUUAGAAGACCAUAACACUGCCUCCCCAAAAAAGGGGCUAUCAUCUCAUCACCCCCAAGGUCCCCAUGGCACCAUUCGAGUUCUUCCCCAGAUUAAUUGAUCCUUUUGUAUUGAAUAAUUCUUCAUACGCUGUUGGGGCUCCUUGUCGUAUAUUAGACAGACCUGUUUGUUUCCUCGAUAAUGGAAGUAAGCAGUACACGGUCACUCAAACCUACCCAUCUCUACCAACUAAUCUCUCUUAUAUGCAUUCUAUUUUUUUGAUGUUGGGGACCGAAUUCCUCAUUCUGAAGGACAUUAGAGUGUUACGGGCGGUUGAGGAAACUUUUGCCUCUCUCUUAUCUUUCCCCUUCUCUCUGCU